AUGCAUCCCCGCAGCCCGUACGCAGAGUACACCGACUUUGCCCAGCUCGCAGAGGGCUAUCCGUCCCUUGCUAAACACCUUGUAAACAACUCAAUCAACUUCAAGGAUCCCGAUGCAGUCCGGGAACUCACGAAAUGCCUGCUCAAGCGCGACUUUGGCCUCACCGUGGACCUACCCGAGGACCGCCUGUGCCCGACGGUGCCGAAUAGGCUCAACUACGUCCUCUGGAUGCAGGACCUCAUAGACUCGACCAGCGGCGGCCCCACCGACGACUACGACCCCGGGCGGAAGGUCGUCGGGCUCGAUAUAGGUACAGGAGCAAGCUGCAUAUACCCGCUCCUCGCCUGCGCCUCGCGCCCGGGAUGGCACAUGUACGGCAGCGACAUCGACGCCGCCUCCCUCCGCGCCGCACGCUCCAACACCGCUCUCAACGCUGACCUCAUCGGCGGACGCAUCACGGUGCUGGAGAGUACGCCCGACGGGCCGCUGUUUCCGCCUGAUAUCGAGACACUCGACUUCACCAUGUGCAACCCGCCCUUCUACGGCUCCGCGGCGGACCACGCCGCCUCCGCCGCGGCCAAGGCGCUCCCGCCGUCGUCGGCGUGCACGGGCUCCGCGGCCGAGAUGGUGUAUGCCGGCGGGGGCGAGGUCGGCUUUGUGGCGCGCAUCAUCGAGGAGUCGUGGAACCGUGGGGGUGACACGACGUGGUAUAGUAGUAUGGUGGGGAAGCUGGCGUCGCUGGCGCCGCUGGUGGAGAGCGUGCGGGCGCGCACGGGGAACUAUGCGGUGACGGAGUUUAGGCAGGGGGCGACGAGAAGGUGGGGGCUGGCGUGGUGUUGGGGGGGGUUGAGGCCGAGGGGGGUGGGUGGGGUGAGGGGGGUUGGGGCGCCGUUUCCGACGGUGGUGGCGGUGGGGGGGCGGGGUAGUGUAGGGAGGGUUGUAGGGGUUGUGGAGGGGUUGGGGGUGGGGUGGGUGGGGGAUGGGGGGAAGGAGGGGGGUCCUGUGGAGGGGGAGGGGGAUCGGGUGGUGGGGCGCGGGGAGGCGAGGGGCGAUGUGUGGAGUCGGAAGGCGAGGAGGAGGAAGGGGAGGGGGGAGAUGGAGGUGGAGGGCGGCGAGGUGAAGAUGGGGUUCCGGGUGGAGGUUGUGGGCGGGGAGGUGGUGGUGCGGUGGACGAGGGGCACGGAUCAGGUGCUGUUUGAGAGCUUUUGUGGCAUGCUGAGGAGGUGUGUGAAGGAGGCGCCACAGGCAGCGUAG